AUGGAAAGCGACCCAGAGUUCUUGUCCCACUUGCAGCAGCUCGGCUCCGAGUACAAGCGGCUAAAAGAACAGCGUGAGGAGGCCCAAAGGCUGGCUGAAGCCUUGCAGUCCCAGUACAACCAGCUAGCUACAGCUAAUCAGGAGCUGGCGCGGCAGCGCAAAGAACUCUUGAUUGAAAACAAAACCCUCAUAGAAAAGCUGCAAGCGACAACGCAGGAAAAGUCGCUGCUGGAACAGCAACAGCAGGAGCAGCAAAAUAAGCUCCAGGCCCUGCAACAGGAGCUACAGCAGCAACAGAAGGCAGCAGCGGCAGCAGCAGCAGCAGCCGCUGCCGAGCGCGAGGCUCUAAGCCUAAGGCUUAGUGAGGCCAGUGAUAAAGCAAUAGCAGCAGCCGAAUCAGCUGAAAGACAGCUGAAGGAGGCGCAUGAAGCUGCAGCAGCCUUCAAGGCGAGAGCAGAGGCGCAGCAGAAACAGCUGACCGAAACCAAUGCCAAACUAAGCCUCGAGAACAAGGACCUUUCGGAGCGGAGCAAAGAGCUCAACGAUCGAAACCGAAACCUGCAGAAGAAAAGACAGGAGCUUGCGGAGCAGGUCAAAACCCUGGAAGCCGCACAAAGGCGCAGCAACGAGGAGCAGCAGCUGCAGCAGCAACAGCUGCAGCAGCAGCAGGAGGAGCUACGCUCCGUCAAGCAAACUAACAGGACUCUUCUCGCAAAGAGCAAACAGCAACAAGAGGAGAGACAGGAAGCACUCAAGCUGCUGCGGCAACAGCUGCAAGAUCUGCAACAGCAACAGCAGCAGCAACAGGAACAACUCGAGAAACGCACCCAGGAAAUAGCGGCAACAGAGGCGCAGCUGCUGCAGCAGCAACAGGCGGCUGCAGCACAACAAGAGCUGCUGCAGCAACAAGUCGAGAAGCUGCAACAGCAGCUUAGAGCCGCCGUAGCGGCAAAUACAAAAGCAAUAGAUGAUCUCAACACGGAAAAGGCACGCGCAGCGGAAGAUCGCAUGCACUUUGAGAUGCAGCUGCAGGAGCUGCAACAGCUGCAGCAGCAAACCGCGGCAGCAGCUGCAGCAGCAACUGAAGAACAGCAGGAGGCAAUCAGGAGAGUAGAGGCUCUUUGCAGCGAACGCCAACGUGCAUACGAACAUCUGGGACCACUCCUGCUGGAGGUCGGGCGUCGCAGCAGCAUGUGCAGCAGCAGUAGCAGGCGGAGCUGCAGCAACAGCAGCAAACGCGACAGCAGUGAAGGGGAGCAGGACGCAGAAGAUCGAGAUAGCGGCGCCUUAGCAUCAGCCGCAAAGCGUGCUGCAGCCGCUUAUAUGCAUUUGAGGAACGAGCACGGGAGGGUUUGUCAGGAAGCAGAGUUGCUACAGCAGGAGCUGCAGCAGCAGCAGCAGCAGCAACACAGGCUGCAGCGGGAGAUACGGAUGGCGGCGGAAGAGACUCAAGCAGCUGUUCGAGAGAAGAGAGAAGUCGCUGCCCGAUAUGUGGCUCUUGCACAGGGGGUGCAGCAGCUGGCCCGGGAGAGUGAAUCAUUGGGGUGCUGUGGUUUGCUGCAAGAGAGGAAGGAGCAUGGCGCUUCGCUUGUGCCUAUCCGAACCAACCCUCCCCCAAACCCUCAGGCGCAUGCAGUCCCAGAAUGGAAUUCUGUCUCCGCGAGGGCCUCAACCACUGACAGCUGCGCAGUCGCCUCGCCGCACGCUCAAACCUAA